GGACUGCUCUCUAAAAGACCUUUUUUUUGUCUAUCGUUGAUUCUAGAACAAUGUCUUCAUCUACCCAGAAUAACAGCGCCUUGGAUGUCCAGCCCAAGGACGCGAAGCGUGCACUUGCGGAGGACGCAUAUGAUGACUGCCUAUCGUGCAGAGUUACUGGAUCCGCCGCAUUCAUCGGCCUCGGUGUGUACAGCUACUACUCGGGAUUGAAGAACCUCAAGAUGAAUGAAAAGGCAAUCAUGCAAGGAACAACCAAGUAUAAGAUGGGAUCUCGACAUCUCGGGCUCUUCACCAUCUCUGCGACACUAGUUGGGAUGGGAAUAUAUAGAGCCUUCAACUGAUGAAGCCACGACGAUUUGUAUAUCAUGUACUCUAUACCAUAUAUUCUACUCUGGCGUUGGU